UUGGUUAACUAGUUAACUACUGAGUUAUCUGUGUAAUGGCUGUGUUGGGUUCAUGGAGUCUCACUCAGGAGGAUUUGACUAAAUUCUGGCCUGCUUUUUGUUUUCUGUCCUCAGAAUGAAGACCAUUCUCAGUACCCAGACGGUGGACAUCCCUGACAGCGUCGACGUGACGCUGAAAGGCCGCACUAUCACCGUGAAGGGACCUCGUGGUGUCCUGCGCCGUGAGUUCAACCACAUCAACCUGGAGCUUCGGCUGCUCGGCAAGAAACAGAAGAAGUUGCGUGUGGAUAAAUGGUGGGGUAACAGGAAGGAGCUGGCCACAGUCAGAACCAUCUGCAGCCAUGUUCAGAACAUGAUCAAGGGGGUCACUCUGGGUUUCAGAUACAAGAUGCGAUCUGUGUACGCCCAUUUCCCCAUUAACGUGGUGAUUCAGGAGAGUGGCUCUCUGGUGGAGAUCAGAAACUUCCUGGGGGAGAAAUACAUCCGCCGUGUGCGCAUGAGGGCAGGUGUGAACUGCGCUCUCUCCGCUGCCCAGAAAGACGAGCUGGUACUGGAGGGUAACGAUAUUGAGCUGGUGUCCAACUCUGCGGCCCUCAUCCAGCAGGCAACCACAGUCAAAAAUAAGGAUAUCCGAAAGUUCCUGGACGGUAUCUAUGUCUCCGAGAAGGGGACAGUAGUGGAGCCAGAGUCGUAGAGGACAUGAGCUGCACUAAUCCAGCAGGCCACUGCUGUACGGAAGAAAGACAUCCGGAAAUUUCUCGAUGGGAUUUAUGUCUCUGAGAAGACCACUGUGGUGGAGCAGCCUGAUGAUUAAGCAACAUUGGUCCUUGUAAAAUCUGUCAAUAAACAUCCUUUUUUCACCACCAA